AGUGCACGGUUUGUUCUAGUGCUGCAGAGCGCGUGCCUGUGUAGAUAUGUAGUUUUUGUAGCGGAUUGUCACAUCUAGGCGGCGACACGGAGUCCCUUUUAUCUAAAAACAACAACAUUUCACCUUCUCUUUCUUUUAGUCAAAAUGCUUGAGCACGUUUGAGUGACCAUGGAGUGCGUUUGCCGUCAUGUAGUUGAGUCUUAAUACGUCGAGAAUAUUGGGAAACGGAAACUUUUGAAGGAAUCCAAGGAGCUACAGUUGAAAACAUGGCUGUUCGCGAGGAAGGAGAGGUUUUGCACAGUAAAAUCAGGCACCACGAUGGGGUUGCCAAUGCAAACAGCACAGAGAGCUUCAGGAACGGCUAUGUGAAGAGCUGCGUCACCCCUUUAAAACAAGACCAUCAAAGGGGAUUUUUGUUUAACAUCUGUAGGUUUUGCAAUGAGGACAUUCUGAAUUCAAAAAUAUUUCGAAUUUCUGGCCUAUACCUGGGUGCAUUCGCAAUUUUUGCAGUUUCGUUGCUUAUUUCCAGGAGCUUACAAAGUGACUUCAGCUUUUGGGAUUUGCGGACUUUUCUGUCGGGCUUCUCUCAGUCCAUCAGCCCUCUCUUUAGCAUAGGCUGUGCAUUCUUCUUUUUGACCUUUUAUUUAAGGAGGAAAAAGAGGGAAAGUAAUACAUGUUGGCUUGUGUCACUGCCAGCAUCAUGUUACUUAGGGGAUUUUUUAGUUUUGCGGUUUUUGCAGUGGGGAGAGGACCAACACCAGAUGCAAAUGUUUGGCAGGUUGUUAUUCGUGUUGGGGUGUGUGGGUCUCCUAACACUGAUCCCCACUUUGAAACUCAAACACAGUGUUCUGAUCCUGGUGUUUGCCAGUGUUGUGUGGUUGGUGUCUUUCACCAGUCUGAGCUGUCUGCCUGCACUCCUGAGACCCGUGUUUGCGUGUUUGGCGGGUGUCUCAGGCUCGCUCUUGUCCCUCUGUUUUGACCAUUAUUACCCGUCGAGGGAAACGCCGAAUAGGAUCUCCAGCAACGAGGAGAAAGUCCCUGUGAUCAGACCCAGGAGAAGAUCCAGUUGCGUUUCUUUGGGGGAAACGUCGACCAGCUAUUAUGGUAGCUGUAAAAUGCCUCGCAGACCUUCGUUACCGUGCAUAUCCAGAGAACAGAUGAUCCUAUGGGACUGGGACCUGAAGCAGUGGUACAAGCCCCAGUAUCAGGGAGCGGUAAGUGGUAACGGAGUGGACCUGUCGGUCAUCAACGAGGCCAGGAACAUGGUGUCUGACCUGCUGAUGGACUCGUCCCUGUCGCCACACACCGUCUCGUCCCUGCGCAGCGUCAGCAGCCUCAUGGGGACCUUCUCUGGCUCCUGUCGGCCCAGGGUCAACCCCUUCACCCCCUUCCCAGGUUUCUACCCCUGUCCCGAGGUGGAGGACCCUGCAGAGAGGGGCGACAGGAAGCCCCUGAAGGGUCUUAGCAGCAGGAACAGCCUACCAACCCCCCAACUCCGCCGCGGCUCCACCUCCUCCCCUCUCCCCCCUCUGGAGUCGGCCUCCUCCCGCUGGGAACGCAACAACGGCAAGAGACCGGGACCCCACCCUGACCUCAAUAUGACCAGCACGGGGUCUCUGUCCAAUGGGCCAAAUGCAAACCUGUUGACCAUCCCUAAGCAGAGGUCCUCCUCUGUGACCCUGACCUACCAUGCCGGAUCCAGGAGAGCAGGUGCGUCCCCCAGUCUGAGUCCUGUCAGCUCCCCCAGCCACAGUCCUCAAGGGGGAGGUCUCUCCUCCCAGGUUACGCGCCCCCCGGUGGAGUUCCCCGACACAGCUGACUUCCUCACCAAGCCCAGCGUCAACCUGCACAAGCCCCUGGGCUACAUCCUCAGCUCCGCUGACUUCCAGGGGCCCUAUCGCAGCCCCGCUGCCCUGUGCACCAGCUGUGGUCGUCAGAUGCUGAAGAACAUUCCCAAUAUGGAGGCAGGGGAGGGACACCUGCCAUUCACUGGUCAUGCUGAGGCCCAGCGCAGACGCUCAGCAGGUGAGGGGUCAGAGUUCAUGGGGGAGGCACUGAUCAGGGAGGAGAGUGUGGAGGCCGAGUCGAUGGGGGACAGGAGUCCAGACGCAGGGAGCCGGGGCCAGACAGACAAGGAGGAGCAGAGCGCCACUACAGAGCAGCAGACUCAGGAAACGGAGGGUGAGUUCAGACUAGACCCCCUGCUGGAGAACCACGAUGACCUCAUGGAGAAGAUCAACAGCUGGAACUUCCAGAUCUUUGACCUGAUGGACAGAACAGGAGGGAAGACAGGAAGAAUACUCAGCUACGUGACCUACACUCUGUUCCAGGACACUUGUCUGUUUGAGAUGUUUAAGAUCCCUGUGAGGGAGUUCAUGUCCUAUUUCUGUGCUCUGGAGAACGGCUAUAGGGAUAUUCCCUAUCAUAACCGGGUCCAUGCCACUGAUGUUCUCCAUGCUGUCUGGUACCUGACUACCCGGCCUGUUCCAGGAUUCCAGCAGAUCCACAAUGAGCAUGUGACAGGAAGUGACACAGAUUCAGACAGUGGGAUCUCGCCGGGCCGGGUAUCAUACGCCUCCUCCAAGAGCUCGUCCAUCUCUGACGACAACUACGGCUGCCUGGCGUGGAACAUCCCUGCUCUGGAACUCAUGGCACUAUAUGUAGCAGCUGCCAUGCAUGACUAUGACCACCCCGGUCGCACAAACGCCUUCCUCGUAGCCACUAACGCAGCUCAGGCGGUGUUGUAUAAUGACCGUUCGGUCCUGGAGAACCACCACGCUGCUUCGGCCUGGAGCCUCUACCUGUCUCAGCCAGAGUUCAACUUCCUGGCCAACCUGGACCACGUGGAGUUCAAACGUUUUCGCUUCCUGGUCAUCGAGGCCAUCCUCGCCACAGACCUGAAGAAGCACUUUGACUUUCUCGCCGAGUUCAAUUCAAAGGUGAAUGAUGUGAACAGUCCAGGAAUCGACUGGACUAAUGAGAAUGACCGGCUGCUGGUGUGCCAAGUCUGCAUUAAGCUGGCAGACAUCAACGGGCCAGCCAAAGGACGCGAUCUGCACCUCAAGUGGACAGAAGGCAUUGUCAAUGAGUUUUAUGAGCAGGGGGAUGAGGAGGCCACUUUGGGAUUACCCAUCAGCCCCUUCAUGGACCGCUCCUCUCCCCAGCUGGCCAAGCUGCAGGAGUCCUUCAUCACACACAUUGUGGGGCCGCUCUGCAACUCGUACGACGCCGCUGGCCUGCUCCCUGGCUACUGGAUCGACGAGGAGCGCUCUGAGGAGGAGGAUGAGGAAGAGCAGGUGGAGGACACAGAGACUGACGAAGACGAGCUGGAGGAGGAGCUCGAACCAAAAAGGAGAAACGGCCGGCGUCGCCUGUUCUGCAACAUCAUGCAGCACCUGACAGAGAACCACAAGGUGUGGAAGAAGACCAUCGAGGAGGAGGAGAAGAGCAAGGAGAUGCAGCAGGCCGACAGUCUGCCUCUCAGCCUGUCCCCUUCGCCCUCCGACGACCAGAUCCAGGUCAUUCAGGAGGAGGAGGAAGGAGAGGAGCGCCAGUAGCAGGAGAAAGAUGAAGAAGAGGAAGAGGAGGGACAGAUCCAGGUCAUUCAGGAGGAGGAAGGAGAGGAGUGCCAGUAGCAUGAGGAAGAUGAAGAAGAGGAAGAGGAGGGACAGAUCCAGGUCAUUCGGGAGGAGGAGGAAGGAGAGGAGCGCCAGUAGCAUGAGGAAGAUGAAGAAGAGGAAGAGGAGGGACAGAGCCAGGAUGCUCGGGAAGGGCAGAACAGUGAAAGAGAAAGUCCUUCAACUCCUCCCUCUUACACACACACAAACAUUUAUACACACACACACACACACACACACACACACACACACACACACACACACACACACACACACACA